AUGGCCCCCAUGAACCUUUCACACAGGCGCACGCACAAUUUGCUCUUGAUUUCGAAACUCUUGAGCUUGCGCGACACUGCAUCGCCCCUCACACUCGUCUUGGAUUCUUUGGAGCAACCGGCUACGCCGCUGCUGAAAGAAUAUAUUAGACGUGCGAAGCUGUCCAAAGUCCAUGUUACGCUCAUCGCUUUUGAAACCCUGAAGCAACCCGAUGGAGUCGAUAUUUUUGUAUCAACACGCCGCAAGAGUCCCGCCGAUAUAAUUAAAGAAGUGAGCGCGGGUUAUCAGUCUGUUGCAGCUUCCAACCCCUCACGCAGGCGUCUUAUCCUCAUUGAUUCAAUUAAUCCUCUUCUAAACUCAAAACGAGCUGACCCUGGAUUUCACCUGGCCUCUUUCCUUGGGUCGUUCAUUACUCCCACAUCGCUAUCAGCCAAGGUUGAUGCGUCACUCGUGGUGGUAUAUCAUCAAGAUGUCCCCGAACUUCCACAGCAAAGCCCAUACUCGCCGUCACCUAUUUCUGUACUAACAUAUCUCGCUACGAGCAUCAUCACCCUCCAUUCGUUCUCGCACGUUCUAGCACAGAAGGCUGCUCGCGACCGCAGUCUGGCUCCUCCAGUAUUCGGGCUUGAGGAAGAGCAAGAAGGCGUUCUCCUCGGCCGUUUGGACAGAUUGACCGGUACUGGGAAAGCCGAGGGAAUCGUCAUUGAGCUGGAGCACCGGCGGAAGAGUGGUCGUGGUGUACUGGAAUGGUACCUUCUCCCACCUGCGUCGCAUUAUUCACCCCAGCAUCUAAAAGAGGUUGUGACAUUGCUUGACGAUAAUAUUUUGUACAACCCUCCCAUGGAGCGAGACUCAGGCGCCGGUGACGAGGAACCAACAUCGACCUUUGAGCUGGGUCUCACCGACAGACAGAGGCGCGAAAGAGAAGGUGUCGUACUACCGUACUUCGACGCACAGCAUGGCGAUGGCCCGGGCGAAGGAGGCCGGAUUCUUUACGACAUGGGAGAAGAAGACGAUUUUGACGAAGAAGAGGAUGAGAUCUAG